AUGGUCGCAGUCGCCAAGGUCUACGUCCUGGCGGAUUACUACGGCAUCGACAACCUCAUGCAGGUAUGCAUAGACAACCUCCGGGAGUUGAUGAGGUACAACAAAGAGACCUCAGUCAUUGUCGAGGCUAUCAAAUUUUGCUUUGUUGAGCAUGCGCUGCCGAAGCUCAGGGAGGCGAUGCUGGAGUACUGCGCCGCGCAUCUUAGUUACUUGAUCAUGGAUUCGGAGUUCACAAAGUUGGUCAAAAAGGACCCCACCAUUAUGCUUCUGCUCACCAAGAGAUUCAUGAGACUGUUGGAGUGCGAAACGGCAGACAGUACGGAUGAACAAUGGAAAGAGAUUCAGGGAGAGAAGAAGAAGAGAAUGAGGCCCAGAAUUAGCCCAAGUGGCUCUCAAAGCACCUGA